AGCCGCCGGUGCCCGCUGCCCGCUCGCCAUUGUGCGCCGCCGCUGGCCCCGCCAACGGCUGCCCCCGCCCCGUCCGUCCGUCUGUCCGCCCUCCCGCCCGGCGCCCCGCCGCGCAGGCAGCCGCUGCGGGCGGAGGAGGCGCGGGGAUGGAGGGCGAUCGGCUGGAGAGCCCGGUUACCAUUAAGGGUAUCGAAAGAGAGCUCAUCUGCCCAGCAUGCAACGAAUUAUUUACCCAUCCAUUGAUCCUUCCUUGCCAGCACAAUAUCUGUCACAAAUGUGUGAAAGAAAUACUCCUUACCUUUGAAGACUCUCUUGCUGAUGGAGGCUCUGAAUCCUCUAAUCAGAGUAGCCCUCGAAUUAAAAUCUCUUCCUCUAGCAUGGACAGAAUUGACAGGAUUAGUAGAACAGGAUUUGGUGUCUACACAGGCAGAAAACGCAACUCGCUGACUCCUAGAUCAACUCUGUUUCCUUGUCCGGGUUGCAAGCGCGAUAUUGAUCUUGGAGAACGUGGCAUCAAUGGCUUAUUUCGCAACGUUACUUUGGAAACCAUUGUGGAAAGAUACAGACAGGCAGCCAGGGCAGCCAUUGCUAUUAUGUGUGAUUUCUGCAAACCUCCACCUCAAGAGUCCACCAAGAGCUGCAUGGACUGCAGUGCAAGCUACUGCAAUGAAUGUUUCAAAAUACACCAUCCUUGGGGAACUGUGAAAGCCCAGCAUGAGUACGUAGGACCAACCACCAACUUCAGACCCAAGAUUUUGAUGUGUCCAGAACAUGAAAUGGAGAGGGUAAACAUGUACUGUGAAAUCUGCAGAAGGCCUGUUUGUCAUCUUUGUAAACUGGGUGGAGGUCAUGCAAACCAUAGAGUAACAACCAUGAACACUGCCUACAAAACCCUUAAGGAGAAGCUUUCAAAAGACAUUGAGUACCUCCUCAGUAAGGAGAACCAGGUGAAAGCUUACAUCACACAUCUGGAUCUGCUGCUGAAAGAAACAGAGUGCAACAGUGAAAGAGCUAAAGAAGAAGCAUCUCAGAGUUUUGAGAAAUUGUCUCAUGUCCUGGAAGAGAGGAAAUCUGAAGCUUUUAGGGCAAUUGAAACUUCUAAGAAUUUAAGGCUGGAAAAAUUGCAAAUGCAAGCAGAAGAAUAUCAAGGGCUCCUGGAAAAUAAUGGCCUUGUAGGAUAUGCUCAAGAAGUGCUUAAAGAAACUGAUCCAUCUUGUUUUGUUCAAACAGCAAAACAACUUCAUGUCAGAAUCCAAAAAGCUACUGAAUCUCUGAAGAGCUUCAGGCCAGCAGCUGAAACUACUUUUGAGGAGUUUGUGGUGGACAUAACCAAGCAAGAAGAGAUCCUUGGUGGCUUGUCCUUCCAUUCCAGUGGUCUAGAAAUACCAGAUAUCAACGAAGAGCAGAGCAGAAUAUACAACAAAGCUCUGAUCAGUUGGGAAUGUCCUGGGAAGACAGACUCAGCUGAUACCUAUGUUCUUGAGUAUCAUAAGCUUAACAGAGAAGAGGAGAGUGCAACAUGGCAGGAGAUCCAAGUUUGCAGCAAGAGCAAAGUAAUAUCUGAUCUUGAUGAUGACAGCAGCUAUGCCUUUAGAGUUCGAGGAUAUAAAGGGUCCAUCUGUAGCCCAUGGAGCCAAGAAGUUAUUCUGCGUACGCCUCCAGCUCCAGUUUUCAGUUUCCUUUUUGAUGACAAAUGUGGGUACAACAGUGAACAUCUCCUGCUGAACCCAAGAAGAACCUCUGUGGAAAGUAGGGCUGGAUAUUCUCUCCUGCUGGGAUCUGAGCGCAUGCAGGUUGGAUGCUACACAACCCUGGAUUACAUCAUUGGCGACACUGGGAUUGCCAAAGGGAAGCACUUCUGGGCUCUUCAUGUGGAAGCCUAUUCAUACGUGGUGAAAGUGGGAGUUGUUUCUAGCAACAAGAUACAGAAAUUGUUCCAUAAUACCCAUGAUGUGACCAGCCCGAGAUACGAACAAGACAGUGGUCAUGACAGUGGGAGUGAAGAUGCCUUCUUUGACUCAUCACAGCCUUGCACACUGGUCACUUUAGGCAUGAAGAAGUUCUUUAUCCCCUCGACACCUGCUGCCCCCAAGGAUCCAGAGAGCAGAAUCCUUCCCCUGCCAUCGAGCUUGGGCAUCUGCCUCGACUGUGACAAAGGCAAGGUGGGGUUUUACGACGCAGGGUGUAUGAAAUGCCUUUAUGAGUGUGAGGUGGACUGCUCUGGCAUAAUGUACCCAGUAUUUGCCUUAAUGGGCGGCGCAGCAGUUCAUCUUGAGGAAGCUAUCGCAGAAAAGUCAUAUCUAGUGCAGUAAUCUCUUCCCAUUGCUGUUCUGAGAUGGAAGAUGAGAGCAGAAGAAUUCUACCUUAUUUUGCCGUCCUGAUUAGUUACAUUUUACCUAUGUGUUGCUCACAAGCCUAUGGGCCAUGUUUUUUUUAAACAAAUGGUUCAGACACUUCCCACAGCAGUGGGAAAUAUUCUUCCAGGAACACUCCUGCCUUUCUUACGAUCUGUGCAAUGCUGUUCUCCACAGACUUUCUUCCUGCGGGGAAGCAGGGAAGAAGUUCGACUAACAACCAAAAUUACUCUUCAGGGGUAGAAAUCUGCCUUUUAUGUGACUUGAAUCUUUACAUGGUCAGUUUUGCAUUUAAUAAUGUCAAAGCUGACAGUGUAUGAUUGCCAUUCUCCUUUUAAAAAAUCUGCCUGAAAUGCCUCUGGGGAGUCAAAUGCUUUCCCGUUAACUCCUGAGCACCAGGGAUUGGGCCUUUCAGCAUGAAGUAACAUUUGGAAAAAUACAAUAUAAAACAGGGAGAAAUCAGAACUGCAGCUGAACAUUUAGGUUGUAUUGGGAAGGAGGAGGAUAAACUAGAAUCGGAUUGCAUGUCAUAUACGUUUAAUGUGACUGUAAGCUAAAACUAAUUCUGAUACCUGGUGUCAUAUAGUUGGUGGCAUAAUGAUAAGUUUCUUUACUCUUCCAGGCUUUCACUAUAGGCUAUAUAAAACAUAUGAAGUGCAAUUUGACCUUAAACAUCAGACUUUAGAGUGCAAAAUCAGAAGUGUUUGCAUGUGUGAGUAAUAGUACCUGGUAUAUAAGCAAAAGCAAGUGAGUUACUGACAUUAGUAAUAAUAUGUGAACUCUUAAAAAAAAUCAGGUAUUUCUUUUAAUCCUUAUUUCUAUAAGUUAAUUUUUUGAUCCAGUAGCAGCUUGAUCUAUUUUAGUAAGAAUGUUAAAAAUGCACUGAAUAAGUUUUGAGACACAAUUUCUGCCUUAAAGGAUGUCUCCCCUCAAAAUUAAGUUCCUUUCAUGUUAAAAAAUGUAUCAGAUAGUAGGUUUUCAUAGAAUCACAGAACCACAGAAUGCUUUGUGUUGGAAGGGACCUUUAAAGGUCAUCUACUCCAACCCCCCUGCCAUGGGCAAGGAUAUCUUUCAUCAGAUCAGGUUGCUCAAAGCCCCAUCCAACCUGAAUUUGAACACUUCCACGGAUGGGACAGCCACAGCUUCUCUGGGCAAGCUGUUAAAGGGUCUCACCACCCUCAUCAUUAGAAAUUUCUUGCUUAUAUCUAAUCUAAGUCUACCUUCUUUCAGUUUAAAACUGUUGCCCCUUGUCCUGUCACUACGGGCCUUUGUAAAAAUCUCUCUCCUGCUUUCUUUUAAGCUCUCUUUUUAUAUUGUAAAGCCCCAAUGAAGUCUCCCUGGAGCCUUCUCUUCUCCAGGUUGAACAACCACAACUCUCUCAGCCUUUCUUCACAGGAGAGGUGUUCCAGCCCUCUGACCAUUUUUGUGGCCCUCCUCUGGACCUGCUUUGUGCUGGGCACCCCAGGGCUGGAUGCAAUACUUCAGAUGGGGUCUCAGAAGAGAAGAGUGGGAGAGUCACCUCCCUUGCCCUGCUGGCCACUCUUCUCUCUGCUGUGCAGCCCAACAUACAAUUGGCUUUCUGGGUUGCAAAUGUACAUUGCUGGUUCUUGUCAAUUUUUCAUUCACCAGGAUCCCCAGGUCCAUCUCUGCAUGGCUGCUCUCAAUCUCCCACUCUGUAUCAAUGUUGGGAAUUGCCCAGACCCAGGUGCAGGAGCUUGCACUUGGCCUUCGUGAACCUCAUGAGGUUCACAUGGGUCCACUUCUCAAGCUUGUCCAGGUCCCUCUGGAUGGCAUAUCAUCCCUCAGGCAUCUCAACUGCACCGCUCAGCUUGGUGUCAUCUGCAGACUUGCUGAGGGUGCAUUCAAUCCCACUGUCUGUGUUGUUAAUGAAGAUAUUAAAUAAUACUGAUGCUAGUACAGUAUCCUUGAGGGAUACCACUUGUUACUGGUUUCCACUUGGACAUUGAGCCAUUGGCUAUAACUCAUUGGAUGUGGCCAUCCAUUCACAUCCUUAUACAUUGAACAGUCCGUUCAUCAAAUCCUUAUCUCUCCAAUUUGGAGGUAAGAAUGUUGUAGGGGAUCGUAUCAAAGGCCUUACAGAAGUCCAGGUAGAUGACAUCCCUAGCUCUUCCCUUGUCCACUGAUGCAGUCACUCCAUCAAAGAAGGCCACUAGAUGAGUCAGGCAUGAUUUGUACUCAGUGAACCCAUGUUGCCUGUCUCUAGUCACCUGCCUGUCUUCCAUAUGUUUCAACAUAUCUUCCAGGAGGAAGUCCAGGAGGUGGACUGCAUCUGUUUAUAGGAAUCUACGUGAAAAAACAUUUGGGUACUUGCACUGUUAACUUGUGUUGUGGGGAAAUAAGGAUGUAAAGUGAAGGGUAUUUCUAAUACAUACUUGGUGCUUUCUAAUUUGGGGAUACACUUUUUAAUUUGGGGAUAGUGUUGCAUCUUGAUGAAUGUGUGUGAAGUAUGCUUAUUGAGUACAUGUAUACAGCUGUAGGGCUAUGAAAUGGGACCUGAAAAUCACAGUACACUUAAAUGAAUGUAGGUCAUAAUGCAAAACCUCUGUGUGCUUUGCUGUCUGAACUGUCAUACUGAUCUGACCUGGAGUCUACCCCUCCCAGUGUCCUCUCUCCUAAGCCUCUGUCCAGUGGCCACUGUCAGAAGAAAUUGGCAGAAAUGACAUCUGCACCAAGGUGAGCAUGACAGCCCUUUCAGGGCUAGAAAGGCUCAGCAAGGGCAACCUCUUCUCUGGAUCUCACCCACAGACGUUUCUGCCUUAGUAAGAUUGUGUGGAAGUAUGUUGCACAGCUUCAUUGCGUACUUGUGUGAGAAACACUUUGAUGUCCCAGGCAGCAGGUGUGAAGCACUGUGUAUCUUCUAGAGAUUUCUCCUGCAGGGCAGAUGGCAAAUUAUCCCUCACUAGUUACCCUUUAGAUAAUUUGUCUUUGUAAUAGAUGGUUAUCAUAGCCUUUCUUUCCCAUUAUGCCCUGCCCUUCACAUUUCUUCUUGCUCGAUGGAAGCCAUUCUGUACUGGUGAACAUCCUGCUGCCUGUCUUUCUUCUCUUGCCUUCUGAGACUGACUGAGGGAACCCUCCAUACAGACACUCUGUUGCUGUGAAGGAUGACAAAAUUCUGGGUUUUCCUCUUUCCAUACUCCUAAAACCGCAUGUGCUUUUUUGAUUGAUACCGAACACUAAGAUGAUGUUUACAAAGUUUCUUUUGCAGUGUUUUCCACACAAUCCUGAUGGUGAGUUGUAAUCAAGCUGUGCAUUGCUUUUGUUAACAUUGAGUUUCAUCUGCUUGUUUACCUAGUGACUUAGUCCUGAGGGCCUCCUGCAGCUCCUCUAGACUUGAAUGUUCCUGAGUAGCUUCAUAGGUAACACAAACGUAAUCCUUUUUUUGUUUCCUUCCUUUUCCAGAUCUUGGAGCAACUUCAUUUGUAGUGAGAUGCAGCAAAUCUUUCUGCUGUUAAAAUUUAUUGUUUGUUCUGCUAUUUUUUCCCCUCAGUCAUUUAUUAAACCAUGAUUAGCUAGCCAAGCACUGAAAACUUUUACAUGUUGGUACACUCUGUUGAGUAGACGACUCAUGUUCUUGUAUGUGUGGGUCAAAUAGACCCAGGAGACAGGAUUCUUUCUUCUCCCAUUGUAUCAUCACCAUUUGUCUGCUCAUCUACCAAACCUAGUAUCUGCUUAAAGCUGUAGAUUAUAGGGUUGAACUUCCAGGUUUGUUGUUCCCAGACCACGUCUCCUUCCACAGACAAAUAUAUCAUAUUUGAUUCCUCUGUUUCAGAAACUGAUAUGAAUUACAGGUUUUAUGUCACAGUUAGCACUCCACAGUUCCGUAUUUGGAUUCUUUAUAAGCAUCUGGACCAAUAUCACCAGGCUUUGGCCUGUGGCCUUUCGUUACUUUAUGGAAAUAUUUAUAAAGUAACACUCUAUCUAAGAUAUGAAGACAGUCCCUCAGACUCAGUUAUUAAAAAAAAGAAGAUGAAAUUUUACUAGUUUGAGAAUAUAGAAGUAAGAAAUUAAAAAUGUAAGGUUUUUUUCCUACUAUAGCUUUAUCUUACAUUCAUUUAAGAUGUGCUCUCCUAUGCAAUUACUUGUUCUACUGGACAGAGACUGAUGCUACUUUAAACGUUUGUCUACCUUUUGAUAUGCCUGUAUUUAUCUCAAAUUGGUUUAAAAAUUGGUUUGGCUUUUGGUGUUACUUGAAUACUUAGAAUGCAUUCAUUACAGUCCUCUAUGGUGCUUACUCCAGCUUAUUAAAUAAAAACCCACACUGUCAGAGGCACUGACAACACAGUCAGAUUUUUUCCACUACAAUGGAAGCGUCACCUUUCAGAAAUACAGUUCAGCGGUAUUUGCCUAUCCAGACACUUAUUUUUCCAGAACAAGUUUCUUCCUACAAAACAGCACUUUACAAUGUAGACUAAGCUAAGAGUAGUGUGGUAUUGUGUGGAAAUUUGUGCAAUAUAGCUGUUUGGUGACUACUGUGUGACUUGCAAAGCUCCAUGCAGGUGUGAAUCAUGUAGACACUUUCUAGAUAUCUAAAGCUUUAACAAAAAGGCCUUGUUUAAAAAUAUUCUGAAAUGUAAAUGUGAUGUCUUGUUGUUUUUUUGUUUUUUUUUUUAAUAAAAGCUGAAAAUACAG